AUGGAUUCUGAUCAUGAGAAGGCUCUAAAUAUUGCAUUUAUACAUCCGGAUUUAGGAAUUGGAGGCGCUGAAAGGUUAGUGGUGGAUGCUGCUAUUGGAUUGCAGGAAUGUGGGCAUAAGGUUACCAUUUAUACAAGCCAUUGUGAUAAAACGCAUUGCUUUGAAGAAGUUAAAAACGAAGAUCUAAAAGUUGUGGUAUUAGGGGAAUUCCUUCCAACCAAUUUCAUGGGGAAAUUUUUUAUCUUAUUCGCUAAUUUGAAGCAAUUUAUACUUGUACUUAAUUUGGUGAUGACUGGAGCUGUGAAUAAAUAUGACCUGUUUAUUGUUGAUCAGCUACCUACAUGCGUGCCAUUUUUACAUUUUUUCGGUCGUUAUGCUCGAACGCUUUUUUACUGUCAUUUUCCAGAUCAACUACUUGCCCAGAAAGUAGUUUUAUUGAAGCGUUUGUACCGAAUUCCAUUUGACCUGCUAGAGCAAUUUACUAUGGCUGCAAGUGAUUUAGUUGUUGUAAAUUCUAACUUUACUAAAUCGAUAUUUUUUAAGACGUUUAGAUAUUUAAGGAUGAACCCAAACGUUGUAUAUCCUUGUGUGGAAUUAGCUUCUUCCCCAAUUUGUGAUAAUGAUAUUGCGUUAUAUGACCAAAUAAUAGGACCUGGUGAUAGAUAUUACUUAAGUUUAAAUCGUUUUGAGAGAAAAAAGGAUGUUAUGCUGGCGAUUGAGGCUUAUAGCAUGUCAAAUCAAAGUAAAAAUAAAAAUUCUAAGCUAUUAAUAUGCGGUGGUUAUGAUGAAAGGGUGCAUGAAAAUGUAGAAUACCUAAAGGAGCUACAAAAGGCUUGUGAGGAUCUUAAUUUAUCGCAUGCAACAAUCUUCUAUAAGUACUUCUCCAGUGAUUCCGGGGGCUACCAGGUUCCUAAAGGUUUGAAGUUUAAGAGGGUUAUCUUCAUGACUUCGAUUUCCUCUUCCUUAAAAGAAUUGCUACUGCAAAGAACUGAAAUGCUGCUAUAUACCCCUUCAUUCGAGCACUUUGGGAUAGUUCCUUUGGAGGCCAUGAAAAAUGGCAUACCAGUUCUGGCAGUCAAUAACGGUGGCCCUGUUGAGACUGUGGUUAGUUUAGAGCCUGGGGUUAACGAUAAAAUGGCUACUGGGUGGCUAAGACCUCAAGAUGCAAGGCAGUGGGCAGAUGUUCUUGAUGAAUCUGUAGUCUAUACUUCAGAAAAUACAGAUGUAUUCAGUAAUAAUGGCCCAGAAAGAAUUCGGGAACAUUUUUCAAGAGAUGCUAUGACUGAGUCUUUCCUAUUGAAUAUCGAGAAUAUGUUUAUGAAAGAAAGGAGAAUCCAGUACUGGGCUGUUAUCACUACUAUGGGUUUUAAUACUGCUUUGCAUUUACUUGUUCAUUCUUUUGGUUCCUCGUAUUCCUUCUUAUAUAUUCUUAUUGCGUCUACAUUCCUACUUCGCAGCAAUUUCGCAUUGGGACUAUAUUGGAUAUUGGCCUUCUUCUUACAGGGAUUCCUUUAA